CCGUUACUCUUGACACCGGUAAGAGCAGCAGACUGUCGGUCGCAGUCCUGUAAUCUCCACUUUACUCGCACCAGCUAGGCGGGUUGCAAUGUGAGAGUGUGGCUGCUGCUUUAUCCCGGACCCCCCCGCGUCUCGGACUCUCCCGUCCGCUCAGGAUGGAUCAGAGGAGAGCUGAACCAGACCGCAACACCGGCGUCAACCCGGUUUCCCUGUACGGGGAAUACACGGUCACAGGUAACCGAAAAGUCAGGUGUGCCGUGAGUUUGACCGAGAGGGACCUCGUCAUCCAGAGGCUCACUUCUACACCUGUCGGGCGGAACAAGGUGGUGCUCAGCCUGAAGGACUGCGUCGGCUGCCGGGCUUACCGGGAUGAUGACAAUGCGGACCCGGCAGCGUACUUGGCAGCCUACUUCUACCCGCUCAGACGGCGCUGGAUGAGCUCCGGGGUGUCACGGCAGAGAGUGGAGCAGUGCUUUCGUUUCGCCGCGCUCCAGGACCCGCGCGCUAACCUGGAGGAGGCGGAGAAGUGGGCUCGCGCUGUCCGAGAACGCUCUGCCCGGCAACAGUACCUGCGAGACGGGGUGUUAAUGAGCGAGCUGUCUCGUCCAUGCCGGGUGAUGCUGCUGGUGAACCCACAGAGCGGGAAUGGACAGGCGCUCACUCUCUACAAUAACCACAUCCAACGAAUGCUCAACGAGGCGGGAGUCUCACACACUCUGGUUAUCACCGAGCGGCAGAACCACGCCCGAGAACUGGUGAGGGAGGCCGAUCUGUCGCAGUUGGACGCUUUAGUCAUCAUGUCCGGAGAUGGACUUCUGUUUGAGGUGAUAAAUGGUCUGCUGGAGAGACCAGACUGGGAGGAGGCCAUCCGGACCCCGUUGGGUAUCCUUCCUGGUGGAUCAGGCAACGCCUUGGCUGCAUCCAUCCAUCACUACUCUGGAGCCUCGCCGGUGUCCAGUGAGGAGCUCCUGGUCAGCUGCGGUUUCCUGCUCUGUAAAGGACUCGUUUCCCGUAUGGACCUGGUCUCCAUCCAUCUCUCCUCCAGCCCUCGUCUCUUCUCCUUCCUCUCGCUGGCCUGGGGCUUCGUAGCGGACGUGGACAUAGAGAGCGAGAAGUACCGUCAUGUCGGAGCUGCCCGGUUCACCGUCGGCACGCUGGUGAGGCUGGCUUGUCUCCGCGUCUACAAGGGCAAGCUGGCCUACCUGCCCGCCACAGAGGACUACAGCAACGAGGAGGGUUUGACAAAUGACAUGACACUGCACUGCAACAGUCAGGCCUCCUGCCUGGGUCCAGCCUCUCUGCUGUGUCGACCGUCCAGAGACUCUCCCUGCCAGAACACCCUCCACAACUCCUGCCACUCCAACAACUCCCUCAAAGUGAGGAGGACGGAGAGCACGCCUUCUCGAAGCGCCAACAAAACCCUCACCGGCCCGCCCGACUCCUUGCUGCUGCCUCUAGACCAGCCGCUGCCCAGUGACUGGGUGGUAGUGCAGGAGGAAGACUUUGUCCUCAUGCUGGCCAUGUACCAGUCCCACCUGGCGGAGGACCUACUGGCAGCACCAGAUGCCACCCCGGACGACGGCGUCAUCCAUCUUUUCUACGUUAGAGCAGGAAUAUCACGCACGGCGCUGCUGAGGCUGUUCCUAGCUAUGGAGAAGGGUACACAUCUGGCUACUAACUGUCAACAUCUGGUGCACACUAAGGUGCGGGCACUCAGGCUGGAGCCAUAUUCACCCAAAGGAAUAAUAACAGUCGACGGAGAAGUGGUGGAAUAUGGGCCACUGCAAGCGGAGGCACACAGAGGCCUGGCGAGAUUAAUUACUGGAUGAAUUGAACAAACAUCACCACCAGCUUUCAUCUCUGCUGUUAAAGGCCCAAUAAACACAUUUUAGCAUUUUAAAUCAGAAAUGUCCAGGUACAGAAGCAAAGUGAUGGAUGUAAGACUCAUUCACUGUUAUCUGCAACGGUACAUAGAGAACCCAUGUUUUAGAAGAAAAUAUGUGAUGAAUGUUGGGAUCUUAUGACAAACAAGUGCCACGUAUGGAGACCCAAAGUGUUCAAUAUCAAAUUAAUAAGUAAGACAUUAUGAAAUAAAUAAUCGUAUUAAUAAAUGCAGACAAAAUAUGUAAUACAACCAUUAAAUUAUAAAAAAUAACCUAAUACAUUUUUCAAACUUAGCUUAUUAUUAUGAAAUGUUACUUAAUCACACUUCUUUACACAAUGAGAGCGUUUAUGGCAGGUAUUUUGUAUUUCAAACUGUCCUUUUUCCAACACACAUUAAGUCGUU